ACUUUCUGAGGUGUGGCAUAUUCGUUUUGAUCUGCAUUCAAGACUUCAGCUUGGCGAUGGGUUCGUUUGCAAAUAGAGGUCUUACGGCCAGUCUCUUUUGGACUGUUCUCAUCACAUGUCUUGGGUCAUCGUUUCUCAUUGGAUUCAAUCUUGGAGUCCUGAAUUUACCAAGAAAAAAUAUUGAAGCAUAUUUCAAUGAAACAGUUGUUCCAAAUACUCCAAAUUUGGAUUCAAACUUUUUCUAUACUCAAGUCAGUACAAUCUUUGUGGUCGCAGCUGCCUUAGGAGCAUUCAGCUGCGGUUGGGUAGCUGAUGGGCUUGGUCGGCGUAAUGGUUUAAUCGUGAAUAAUGUUAUUGGUAUUCUCGGUGGAAUCUUAGUUGGUCCAUGUGUUCUUGUUCAACAGCCUGUUUUGUUAUUUGUUGGUCGUUUCAUUAUUGGUAUUAACAGUGGUAUCACGAUUGGUAUAGCUUCUCUGUAUCUAACUGAGGUUGCACCACGUGAUCUGCGUGGAGGAAUAGGUGCUUGUCAUCAGUUGGCUGUAACUAUUGGAAUUGCAUUCGCUUACUUCAUUACAUUUUCAUUUCUGCUGAACACACCAAACUUAUGGCCACUUGCUGUCGCUUUAGGAGCAGUUCCAGCUGCUGCCUCAUUGAUUACUCUACCUUUUUGUCCUGAGAGCCCUCGAUUCUUAUAUAUGAAAAAGAAUAACGAAGCUGCAGCAAGAAAAGCAUUUGUAAGAUUGAAUUCUAAAGAAAACGUUGAUACAUUCAUUGGAGAGCUUCGUGAAGAAAUGGAAGUAGCGAAAAAUCAACCAGUUUUCAAGUUCACUCAACUUUUCACUCAAAGAGAUCUACGCAUGCCUGUGCUCAUUGCUUGUCUUAUUCAAGUGUUGCAACAGUUAUCCGGAAUUAAUGCGGUUAUUACUUAUUCAUCUCUCAUGUUGGAAUUGGCUGGCAUCAGUGACGCUUACUCACAAUACUGCGUCUUUGCUAUUGGAGUACUCAAUAUCAUUGUAACAAUUAUUUCUCUUCCAUUGUUGGAGCGUGCUGGACGUAGAACACUACUGUUAUGGCCCACCGUAUCUCUGGCUUUGUCUCUGCUAUUGCUCACAGUAUUUGUCAAUUUGGCUGUUUCUGGUCCAGAAAGUUCAAGAUUUGCAAUGGGGAUUAUAUCAAAUAUUCUUAUCUUGAUCUAUGUAUGCAGUUUUGCAUUGGGUUUAGGACCAGUCCCCGCUCUUAUCGUGUCAGAGAUAUUCAGACAAGGUCCUAGAGCUGCUGCUUAUUCACUUAGUCAGUCUAUCCAAUGGCUAUCAAAUCUGAUUGUGUUAUGCAGCUAUACUGUAAUACAGGUCAGUUACAAUUGAAUAACAUGUUGGUUGACUUAUUAAAAAUUGUAAAUAUCCCAGAUUAGAUGAAAUAAUAAGUUGCGAAAUGCUAAUAACCGUAUCAUCAUUACAUAUAGAUUACAAGCGUACAGGAUCAGUGGUAAAACGAUGCAGCCAUUUUAAUCAAAGUAAUCUCAGUACAUAUCCAAUCGUUCAGUUUGCUUGAGUUCAAAAAUCUGUUUAAUAUCAUUGAUCCUCUACUUAUAAGUGUGGAUAACUAUUCAAUAUCAUGCGAACACCUGAUAUAUCAAUUACUGACAUUCUAAAAGGGCCCAAUAAAGUGCUAUUAUUCAAGCCUAUAGUUAUUAGGUUGUCACAUCGGUUUGAGGAUGAGAAAAUACGUUUCUUUACCAUUUCCUCUGAGCCAGAAGUUAAAUUCUUAGACCAUCCGUCGUUAUGUUAGUACUACAGUCUAUGCACACCUUUCAGUCAACAAACCAGGUUAUGCAACACUGUCAAUAUACAAGUACAGGUUAUCUCAGGAAGUUAUGUUACUGCUUGUAAUAUGCCGUCCUCAAUUGGACCGAAUUGAUCGAUCUCCUUUGGCAUAUGGACUCUUGGCUGGAUACUGCCUGAAUAUUUAUUGUUAUAAUUGACUUAUUUGUGUCUGGCAGCGGAUACCAGGACGAGAGUUUCUUUCUAUUUGUGACUCGGUAGCCAGAUGUAUCUUGACCCCAGUCAGUGAUGUUGUCCCUACUAGAACUCAUAUAGCUUUUGUGUUGUUGCUUGUAAUAUCCUGUCACUGACGAAACACGCUCUGGAUUCCAUUGCUAGCCAAUACUCAUCACUAUUAUUAUGUCAUAAAAAGUAUCCAAGUCUCUUGAAAUCUCAAUUCUAUCAUUCAUAUAUUUGUAAAAUCGUCUUAUCAUACCUGAUUAUGAUCAAUAGUAUGUGAGAUUGGGAGGUAAUAGUGAAAAGUUAAGAGAACUUGUCCGAAAAAUAGCAUUCAUUUAUUUUUAAUAUGAAACAUUUUUAGGAGAGAGUAAGAGCCGUAAAUAAACUUUUAGUUCAUCGUAUUUGUAAACAGGGUUCCAUGGGAAAUAUGUACCAGUUAUACACUUUUCAUCGUUUAAGCUGGUAUCCUCAUAAAAUAGAAUCAUUAAAUAUCAUUAGUCAGUUAGAAAUCCAUCUUUAAUAGGUGAUAUCAAGUAGACACCAAAAGCUCGAGGUUUCGAAGUCACAAUACUUCGACAAUGGAAGGAAUGAUAAUAUAUACUGCAGGUUUCAGGCCUCAUGAAUUGUACUUUUAGAUCCGUCAGUUAGCUAACUGAUCUCAAUAAUAUUUCAGGUUUAACAGACAGGAAACCAUAUGAGUAGAUUACUUCAUAUUUUAAUUUUACGGGUUUUCCUUUGAUGGUCAAUUUUGCAAAGAAGUUGCACUGAUAAUCAGAAUUCAAGUAGAUCGAUGUGUUACCAAUAUGAUAAAAUCUUCGGUAUAAAUCUCUUUAUUGUUGCACUAGGAUAUGUGCUACCUUUUUACAACGCUAAAAUUAUUGAGCUGAGCGUGAAUCAAUAUGUGUUGCGCCGAUAUGUACAACGAUAUUUUGUUAUCUGACUGCCAUGCGUAGCUUUAUUUACUAGACAUUCAUCCACAUUGUUCAGAUGAAGACUUCCGAUUCUACUCUGGUCGCUUAGAAAUUGGCAGUAUAGGCAAGAAAUGGAAACAAGUUAACUACUGUUUAAAAUUCUAUUAACAUUAAAAUUCUGAAUUCAGUUUGACUCUACCCUAAGCGAAGUGAUUUACGAAUUCGUUUCAGUUUAAUUCAGUUACUACGUAUGCAAUGGUAUCAUAUUAUGAAAAUGUAACGCUGGUUUGAACUUCUGCAUGGCUAGGGUUUCAGUUAUAGCAAAAUGCCUUGAUCUUACUUCCUUCUAGUGGUCUGAUCAAACCAUGUGUGCAUGCCAGUUAACUUGCUCUUGUAGAGCUGAGUACAUCGGCCGUACCAUGUGUCUGGUUUUAAAACGUAUCCACGAAGACUGACCAGCCUUGCUGGCAAAGGAAGAAUGAAAAUGUGUCUUCAGUUCAGUAAUAGAACAUCAUGUGAACUUAGCUUCUUUUUCAGAGUCCAUUCAAAAUCCUCUACAGAGUUCUAUCAAACCGAUCGAAGGGAGUAAGAUCUACGUAUUUGGCUACAGUUGAAGCGCUAACCAUUCAGAAGUUCAAUGCAGUAUUUUGUGUCUAAAAACAUAUCUUGCUUUAUAGAAUAACUCCUUAGUUUUAUGUCAGAGCAGGCUGUUUAAUCGUAUCAUUGCUUACACUGUCAUUAUAUUGACGUCAAAGAUAAUAGGGAUAAAAAUACAAGUCCGUGAAUAUUUUCAAAUCACAGGUGGCAGAUAUCGUCGAUAAAAAUGUCAAACUUCCACGUGAUGGCGUAUGGUGCAGUUAGUUUUGUAAUUAUACCACCUUUGUCCGUAAAUAUUAUGUCUUCCUCUCGCUGUGCAACUCCGUCUAUCCAAGGGGUCAUCUCUUUAUACUACAUUUAACUAAUUUUGAUAAAAACGUAUUGGUCUCAUAGUGAGUGUAAGAUACAUGGGAAACCUUUCCUUAUAAUUAAGUCAGAAUAUAAACUACUAAUUAGUAAUUAUCAUUCUUUACACUGGGUAAUGAUUGAAGUUGAAAGUGAUCUCGUAGCUCAGUUUGUAGACCAUCGGGCCGGAAACCCUGUGGUCAUUGGUUCGAAUCCGACAGCGGCUCAAAUUUUCAUUUCACCUUCAAUCAUCAUCCAGUAUAAAUACUAAUAUGCCAAACUACGGCUAUAUCAGAUAGAAUGAUAAUUAUCAUCCUAUAUCACUUGAUUUUAAGCAUGUUUUGUUUCUUUGUUUUCUUUUUUGAUGAAUACAGAAAAAGAUCGGUGGAUAUUCAUUUCUACCUUUCUUUGUUAUCGUUGUCAUUUGCUGGAUCUUCUUCUUCCUCUUUAUGCCUGAGACUAAAAAUCGUACAUUUGAUGAAGUUGCUCGUGAUCUUGCAUUUGGAAAUAUUGUCGUUGGCAAACGUACAACUGCUCUUGAAGAUCGUAAUCUUACUAUAUUCACCAAACAAGGCCCUGUAUCGAAUGCUGAUGGUCCAGCGUCCGAAUCGUUACUUUAUCCUCGAGAUGACAAUGAUAAGGGUACAUACGCCUAACAAUUUUUAUGCAGUAUACCUGCUUACCAUUCAUAGUUUAGGGAUUAAUAAUUUGAAUCAUUUUGUUCAUCUUUUUGUGCAUAUGUGUAAGUGUGUGUGUGUAUAAUCCUAAUUUAGUAUGAUGUAUCAGUACUGCGAGUAUUAUCUUCAUUUGUUUGGUUGCGUAAUUAAAUAUGACCGGUAUACUGGAAUGCCUGCACAUAAACACCCUAUUCUGAUAUUUAUCUGCUAAUAGCGUAUGUCUUUAUCGGUCGGGUGUCUGUGUGUGUGUGUGUGUGUGUGUCUAAGUGUUUACCAUAGUUUAUUUGUACGGUGUGAAUAUUACCACUACUUUUCGUCUUUUAAUCACGCUUUCAUUGAAAGAAAAUGACACUUCUAACUUAUCAUCAUUAUGAUGACCAUGUCCACUUAUUCGUUUAUUGUUUAUCAUCUAAUACGUUCGAAACUGUUUCUUGUCAUGGCAAUAUAUUAUAAUUGUAUUACUUACUGUUUAUUGUAAUCCUACAAAAUUAGGAGUCUCAAAAACUAGCCUUUAAUAUGGCAUCAACGAAUAAAUAUUUCACGGGAAGAAAUACAUUAUGAAAAAAAGAAGUUAUGAAUGUGACAUUGUUCUAAAUUUUCUUAUCCUGACUAAUUAAAUUAAUUUUGGAUGAAAACUUGAUCUUUAAACUAAGCAUACAUAACUGUGUAUUCAUAAAUCGAAUCAAUUUUUUCACAUAUAUAAAUUUUUUUCAUUUCUGUUCAAUCUUCCUUCUUUUAUUUUUGUCCCAUCCGGUUCCGUUACAUUUAUUGUUACAUCAAUAUUGUUUUUCUUUUAGUUUGUACUUUUUUUUGUGUGUUUCAUUGUCUUUUUUAAGAUAUCCUUUGAUGAUAGCCUGGUUUUUACAAGUGUAAUGUAAUAGAUCUAUGAGUGUCUCAACAAGCAGUAAAAAUAAUUAUUGAUUGUUUCUUCACGUUUAAAAAAUAAUGUUCUUUAUAUGUAUGCAAAACGUUGAUUAUAUUUCAUAUAACACACAUACUUAUGUCAUCAACACCAGAUUUUCAAAGUAUAUCUCUCUUCAUAAUACGUAUCCUGUGUUGUAUUCAUUUUCUUCAGUCAUAAAAUAAUUGUUGGUUUGAUCAACUGUGAUGAUUUCCACUAUGACAGAAUAUAUUGGUUGUGGUCCCUUUUG